AUGGACAUAGAUAUACGUAAAAGUGUCAUCUUUGAACAUUCAGAUCACAAGACUGACAGUAAGGGCCAAAUCCACAGCGAAACUUCAAGUCCAAACCAGCCGGCAAGCACCAGCAGCCCGGAAGCGUUCAUUCCCGAAGCUCGAAACCCUGCAGCUGCAACCGCAACUCCAGCUCCAGCUCCAGCUCCAGCUCCAGCUCCAGCUCCAGCUCCAGUUCUAGUUCCAGCUCUGGUUCUGGCUCUGGCUCUGGCUCCUGCCCUACACCCAUGCCGAUCCCCAACCACAGAUCCUGUGGUCGGUCGUGCGGGAGGUCCUGCAACUGCUACUACUACAUCAACCCGAUUCGAAACAUACGCACCUACCCGCUAUCAUCCCUUUGCUGCCCGCGCCGUACCCCCGUAA